AUAGUGAUGAUGAUGAUGGUGCAUGGGUUAGUAUAGAACUAAACAGUUUAUUACGAUACACUUGUCUGUGACUGCAUAGUCAGUGAGAUCUGGUUACAUUUCCAGCAAAAGCGUGUACUAGCUGAAUUGGCUACAUAUGCACAACCAGAACAUUCGCAAGAGCAACCGUGGGCCAGUGGACAUGUCAUGGCUGCAAACACGUACCUCUCAGCCUGUAAUAAAUUAUAUUUGAAAGAGGACUCCUGUCGCACAGUAAAGUCACCUUAAGUCUGCACUCAAAAAGGCCUACCAAGCGGCACAACAGGCAUGUAUCACCGGUCUAAAAUAUGGGACAGUGACAUAUAUCACGUUUAUAAAGCAUCAUAGUUUAUCUCCCAGCACGGAUAUAUGCGUAUUGUUGAUUGCAGCCCGAAGAAUCAGGACAUGGUAGCACUCCCAAGGCAGGUACCAGUACUGGUGGUAUAACCAGGUCAAGAAGGGGCAGCAAGAUGGGGUCUCAGGCAGAACAAGAAGGAGCAGACAAGAGCAAGAACAGGAAGAAACUGGUGGAGUCUGAGGCAGAGGAAGUGGAGGAAAGAGCAGACAAGAGGAAGAAACCUAACCCAAAGAAGGACGGAGCACUCUACGAAAUGACAAGGAGAUACUUUGAUAGGAAUUUCCUGAGCCGCCCCUUCGAAGACCAGCCACGUGGCCAUCUCCAGGAGGGAAAAAGUGGAAGCUUUGCCCCUAAAACCAAUGACGAGCUUUCCUGGAGAGGGAUGAUACGCCGUGUAUAUAUAUCUACUAUUUUUGCAAUUCCUGUACAAUGAGCGGUCCGGACCUACCAGCCAUCUCUACCUCUACACAUGUUACAAAUCACGGAGUGUGAGAAUGGAUCGGGAGCGUAUAGCAAGUUCAUUUUGACUGGGGGCGCAGCCUGCAUGGUUUGUCUUCUUGGCAGAGGGAAAUUUGUGGAUGGCAACUGACUCUCUUGCCCCGCCGCGAGCUACGACUCAUACCGCCGUCUCUUACCCGGAGUCUCAUCUUGAAUUUGUACUUCUGAUUUGUUAGGUUAUCAGUCGUCGCGUCGCCGCCCUACUCCCUAUCCAGUCUACUCGUCGAACGAUGCUGUCCGACACAAGCUGACAUUUCAUGACAAAAUAUCUACAUUCAAGGACAACCAGACAGCGCUCAUAUCCGCCCUGCGAGCAAAGAAGGCAACCAUCGAGCUGCUCUUGGCCACCAACACCUUCAGUGGUAAAGCUGCCAGAAUAGGAGUGCGUGUGCAAGAGAAGAUGACAGAGAACGGAGAGAGUGGGCGUAGUAGAAAUAGAGACAGAGCACGGAGAGAGAGAGAAGUAG